CUCUCGUCUCCGCUGCGCGUCACGUAGGAUAUUGGGAGAGAAGUGUACCUUACGAUUUGUGAAAAACACUCUCUGUUCGUGUGCGAGCGUGCGUGUGUGCGUGGAUGGGCAGCUGAUGGUGUCGAACGGAAAACGCAUCCGCGCGUUGUUGUAGGUUGAGAGCAUUACUACUACUACUACUACUGUUGAAACAUGUAACACUACAUGGCAAUGUGUAUGUGUGUGUAGUGUUUUUUAGUGUUUUAGUUUAAUUGUUUCACAAAUUUUUGGUGGCCGAUGCCAACAGUGCACACUUUCCUGGUGCCUUUCGUCGUACAAUCGCUGGUGAGUGAGUGAGUGUGUGCGUCUUGCGGGUGUGUGUGUGUGUGAGUGCGCUCAGUGGGGGAUGUCUAUUGGCGACAGCACAAUGGAGCUGGCGACGACCACGACGGCACGAUACGCCAGCAGCACUGGGGCUGGCGUCGGUGGGGCUAGUGUCGUACCACCAGCGCCUUCGUCCCCGUCCGGGCCGCCCGGUGAGAGUUCGGGCAGCAGCAGCAGCAGCAACAGCAACACGACGAUCACCGCAGCAGCGCCCAACAACACUGUCAGCAAUAAUAACGGCAACGGGGCCGGUAACAAUAGUGCGAACAAUCUGAAGCGAGCCAGCAUGCGGCUUAUCGCGAAUGCUGCGGCAUCACCACCGUCUGCUGCACCGUCUUCCACGACCCCCAGCGGGGUGGCAGCGGCGGCACCUGCAGUCGGCACAACAGCAGCAGCAGCAGCGGCAGCAGCAUCAACCACGGGCUCCACGGUAACAGCUACCGCGGUCAUCGACACCGUCGCCUCAACCGUGUCCUACCACCGUCGGCCGUAUCCGGAUGCGGCGCUACAGGAGGACGUACGGUACAAUGGUGCUCCCGGGAGUGGUGCUCUAGGCAAUAGCGCUGGUGGUGGUGGUGGUGGCAGUGUUGGUGCUAAUGGUACUGCCAGCAACAACAACAGCAACAACAACGGCGCUGGUAAUUUGCAUCCCGCCCUAAUGCAGCUUCAGCAACAGCACGGCAAGCAGUUGCUGGUGGGAAGCGGCGCAAGCCCAACGUCCGGCGGCCCGGAACGGAUGCUACUGGUCGGCGGUGGUGGUGUUGGUGUGGCGGCCGUUAACGGAAACAACGGCAACGGCAAUCAGACGCCAACACCGACGAUUGUCCCCGGCGGGGGCAACAACACCACCAACGGCAACACCAUUCUAACGCAGGCCGGGCUGGAGGAGUACAGCCGGGCGUACUACGAGCAGACGGCGAUGUACCAUCAUCAGAAGCAAUCGUCCUACGCACAAUCGGAGGGUUAUCAUAGCUACGUGUCGAGCUCGGACUCGAGCUCCACGCCGUUCCUUGAUCGACUGCGACAGGAUAGUGAGCUGCUACUGUCCCGCUCGACACACAACUGGUCCCAGCAGGACCUGCAGCAGCUGACGUCCUCGACGAGCAGCAGCAUCGGCGACAAUCACAGCUCGGCCGAAAGUAACAGUUCCUCGACGGAAACGCUCAAAUGGCUCGGCUCGAUGAGCGACGUGUCCGUGGCUAGCCAUGCGACGAGCACGUCCGCCCUGUCCAGCGCCGGCUCAACCUCGCAGCUGAUUGCGCACAGUUCGCGCGUCCGCACGCCCCAGCGCCACAAUUCCGAGAGCAUCCUGUACAUGUCGAACGAUGACCAAUCGUCGCUCGGCGGUGUGUCCCAGUCGACGGGCUCGCUUCACAACAAUCACAUGUUGACGCAUCGCCAGCAACAGCAGCAGCAUCAGCAACAGCUACAUCCCCAGCAUAACCAUCACUUCCAUCGGCACCAGUCGCAUCGGCACAGUCAUUUGCACGCGAACGGUGCCGCCGGCAACAACCAUCACACAUCGGGCACGGGCGCUAGCACGGGAACUACCGGAUCGGCAACAAGUGCGACGACUCCUGCCGUCCAACCGCAACAGCCGCAGCAGCAGCAGCAACCAUCGCCGACGGGAUCGACGACGCAAUCGGGCAACGGUUCCGCCCCGAACACACGCUCUAGUCGUAGCAAUAAUCGAUUGUUUCCUAUCAGCACGUACACGGAACCGCCUGGAAGUGGCGGUGGAGGUAACAGCCACAACAACGGCACCGUCAACAACAGCAGUAGCUGCACAGGAAACGUUCCGCAAACCAACGGCGGUGGUUCGAUGGUGGAUUUCAAACAACUCAAUUCACACAACUGGCAGUCGGUGGCGGAGCGUAUCAAUGAGCUUGAGAAGCAUCAGCAGCAGCAGCAACAUCACGGGAUUAAUCUGCACAGCAGUAGCACGUCCAAUCUGAAUGGCAACAGUGCUGGUGGCGCAGGUCAAGCAAACAAGUCGCACCUGAACCAACACAACCUAUCGGUGACAUCGAACGGGUCUUCGAAUCAAUCGUUAACAUCACCUGGCAAGCCACAGCAACAGCAGCAGCCGCAGCAACAGCAGCAGCAACAGCAACGCUACACCUACUUUGACCCUAGCAAAACGCACCGUGUAUCAAAUCCUUCACUGAAAGCCUUCCAGAAGAACGCCGUCAUUUCUUACUUUGAGCGUCAGCAGCAGCACGCUCGUGAGAGCAUUCACUCACGGCCUAGCUCACUCAAUCUGUCAGCAGCGGGUGGGAAUAAUAGCAACGGUAGCAGCGGAGGAUCACCGGGAGCUUCUACCAACUCAUCUAAACCGCAAUCGGGAGGCAGUCCACCCGGCGUAUCGACACCGGUCAUCAGCUCGCACUCGCAGCGAUCAUCCAUAUCGAGUGCGUACUCGUCGGCGGCCGGGAGCAUGAUGGAGCUGUCCAGUGCGUCGCUAUCGAUGGGAAGCUACUCACCGCCGAGCAGCCUUGCCGUACAGCAGCAGCUGGACAAGCUGGCGGUGAACAAUCUACGCAAUCAGCUAGCCUCCGUUCAUACGAUGAACCUGCUGAAUAAGGUUGUACCUCCCCCGAGCGUUCAAACGGAGCAGCAGCAGCAGCAGCACCAGCAACAGCAGUACCACCAACAACACCACCAGCAACAGCAAAUGAUCAGCAACGCCACGUUGAUCCUCGCGUCGGCAAAUGGGUUACCCAGUGUCCCGGGCUCUAGCAUGGGCGAUGCGAUGAGUGAAAGUCAUGAAAUGAUCUCGUCACUAGAUGGUGCACCACCUCCACCGCCACCGCCCAGGAAUCGUGCGUCAAUGCUGCCCAUGGGCAGUGUGGCACCUUAUUCGCCCUCCGCCCACAUGGCAACAGUUAGAAGAACGUCAUCUGCUUCGGAAUAUUCCUCCAUCCGCGACAAGCUGAUUCAGCAGCAGCAGCAACUGUCCAAGGAUCUGCUCGGCCCGAUGAUAAUGGGCCCAAUCAUUGCGCUCGACGAUUGGGUGCCGGAGCGGCCACCCAAAAACCCAAUGCUACGGAUACCGAGCCCCGAGCUGCCACCGCCGCCGCCCGUGCUCACACCAACGGAGGAUGUGCUGCUGAUCAACCAGGACGAACCGUUGCCUCCACCACCGCCGGAGCUGCUGCGGCACAUGCGCCAGCUGAGCGAUUCGGGCGACUGUCGAUCGAACUCUGCUAGCCGGCGGAACAGUUUCGCGGGUCAAACGAACAAAAAGAGCCUCUACCGAGCGUCGACGUUUGAGAAUCUUUCUCCCGCCAAUGCACCACCACCUCCUGGCGGGCAGCAUCCACAAAACGUAGCAGUGGUACCGCCGAUGGUACCGAAGAAGCCACAGCAAUGCCCUACCAGCGGCCCGGCAGACGGCAUGACGAACGUGAACCGACGGCCAGCAUCGAGUAUGGCCAAAACGCAAACGGUUCCUUCGAUGGCUUCAACGGUCGCUAAUAACGGUGUAGCGGGUAUGCAGCCGAUGCAUCACCAUCACCAUCGAAUGUCCCAUCAGAUGGUACCGAACGGUAGACCGUCUCAAGAGCAGCACCAGCAUCAUCGUUUAUCGUUGCCACUGCAGCAAACGUCUGCUCCCUCGUUAAUGAUUGCCUCGCCACAGCAGCAGCAGCAGCACCAACAGGCCAACUUUGUUGCUGGCAGACAGUCGGACACACGCAUUUCCGUGCGCAAGCGUGCUCACAACUCGCAACAGAUACCGGUGUCGGAGUAUCUGUCGAAAAUGAACGGUGCGCCACAGAAUGGCACAACGCCACCGCCACCGCUAAAACCCCGCAUGCCCGUGCAGCCGCUGGCUGAGUGCAAUGGUCAGCAGCCAACGCUGCAGCAGAUGCAGCAACAGUUCCUGCAACAUCAACAUCAGCAGCAGCAACAGUUCCAACAGCAGCAGCAGCAGCAGCUCAUUUCGAUGGGAAGCAAAAGCUGCACGAGCAAGGAUUACUACAUCUACCACGUAACGAGUCCUGAACCGGUAACGCCAAUCACAAAGGACGAGGAUGGAAAACGCGCCGAUCGGAGCAUAACGACCGCUUACUCCCUAAAUUGUCGGCAUGGUGGAAGCUAUGCGAUCAGCAGCGAUGAUGACGAUGAUGGUGACACGGAUGGAACAGUUUCCUCAUCUGCCUGCUCCGUGGCCUCGUCCUCAUCUUCCUCUUGCCACUCGAGCUCAAAGAACUGGCUGGAGAUGCUCAGUCCAAGAAUCCCCAGUCCUUUCAGGAUGAAGCGCUCGAUAGCGUUGACGAGCAACUCGAAGGCUUCCUACCUGCCGAGGCAGCCACGGGACAAGCUGCACUCGGACCCGGACCAUGGCAGCUACAAGCUGACGCUGACCUCGAACGAGGACUGCAUCAAUCACAACACGGGAGUCGGCGGCCCGAACACCACUACAAGCCCCACUACAACCACUACAAACGGUGCUGCGGGCGGCGGAGGACACGACGGAUUCCCGGAGGAGAUCAUCACCGCCUCGCCGAAGUGUAAUCUGCCGGAUGUGCUUCCGCCCGGCGUGAAAUACUCGCUCUACUCCACCAACAACAACAACAACAACAACAACAGUGUGAGCAACAACAACAGCAUCAACAACCAUCACAAUGGUAUCAAGCCGAAGCCCCACUCGGCCCCGAUCAUCUCCACCGCCAACAGUCUCAAGUCGCUAUUCAACUUCAGCACCUCCUCCUCCACCACAUCCACGUCCUCCUCUGACGCCGCGAAGGAUCGCGAUGGACCUCAGACACCUGCUACCGGGCCUCCCCCGGCGCUGGUGUUCAACGGCAAUGGCAACGCGAGCCCCCCGCUCGCCCAGAUCCAGGCGACCUCGCCGAAGUACACCUCCCAGUCGUCGUUCGAUCUGAAGAAGACGCAAAUCCUGGACACGGCCGAUGUGCACGGCGGAGGAGCAAUGUACCACCAGCACCACCAUCUACACAACGGCACAAUCCUUGGCCUGCCCCAAGCGGCCCCAACCACCAACGCUAGCGCCACCGCCACACUGACCUCGAUCGCCUCCAUCACCCACACGGUGGUGCCGGAGGAGAUGGAACCUGUGGCGGAGGAGGAGCCAGCGGGUGACGAGCAUCAUGCACUGCCCGCCGACGAUACGGUACCGCCCCCGCUGCCCUCCACACCCUCCCCGGCGCUGAGCAACCACGGCAACUCUGGUCUGGUGUGGACCACAGCGCAGCCCCCAACUGUAAAUAAUUGCGCUGGAACUGCCGAAAAGGUGGGCAAUUUCGAGCAGCAGCAGCGGCAGCACCAACACGACGCCACCGUACUACCACCACCGACCGGCGGCAGUACCGUUGCAGGGGCCGAGCGGGCCCCGAACGAGCCAGCGCUAGACAGUGAAGCUUCGUCCGCCAGCACGUCCACACGCGACGACGAUGCGUUGUCGUCGAACGACGCAGCACCAGCAACAGUUCCAGUGGUUGUCGUGGCCAAAGAGCAGGAAGGAGAAAGUUGCCCCAGCACGGCCGAACCUCUCGUAAACGGUGUUGGUGGUGUUAGUGAGCACACAGUCAGCGGAUCGCCAGGGGCGCUAGAACGCGUCACGAAGGAGAUCAACCUGUCGCCGGUGGCCGGUGACGCAGUGGCGUGUGAACCACCAUCGCCACUCCCGCUUCAGCGGACGGAAAUAGUGCUGCGCGUGCAGGCGCCCACUUCCGAGGCGGCCUCCCAAACGGACAGUGACGACGCCGGUCUGGCGCGUGGCUUUGCCGAGCUUACGAUCGACUGUGGCAGGAGGGCGAAGGACCAGCAGGAAGCGGCUACGGUUAGCCAGCAGUGCUCGAACGGAGCGUCGACCUCGGUUGCAACGUCGACGACCAGUCCGAUUGGCAGUCCGCCCGGUACGCCACCGAGCGGCAAGGAGCAGCAGGGACAGAAGUUUUUCGCCCCCUUGUCUUCGUCGUCAUCGUCACCACCGCCACCGCCGCCGUCAACUCCGCGCAAGCUGCACCCGGAGGAGAUCGAUUGCGAUAAGCUGUCGCACGAUCUCGUUAGCCAACUGUCCCCGUCGGACAAGCUGCACACCAUACUGGCGCCGAAAACAUUCAAAUCCUCGUCGGACUACGUGUCCGACCUGUUCAACAUCCAGAUCGCACCGCGACCGCUCAAGAAGGAUGCCUCGACCGCAACGCCAACGGAAACGACGGGUGGCGGUACACCGAAAAGCCCGCUCGAUAUUCUGACGUCCAGCUCGACCUACUUUCAAAUCUCGGAACCGAAGGCCAAGCUGAUGACGCGCUACAGCCGCGAGAUGACCCUGAUCAACGGUGAUUGCUGUGAUCUGACCAAGAAGAAGGAGGAACUCGUCCAACGUCUUGGCAAGAAGCUACUAGUCCUAACGAACGAGCAAACGAACAUCGCGGAAGAGAGCAACGCGAACGAUCUGCUCGGCAACGAUGUGGCGCUAAAGGUGACGCAAAAGGUGCGCCCGGCCGACGCGUCCAAGUUCCGCUCGUACGUCGACGAUGUUGGGUACAUCACGAUGCUGCUCCUAUCGCUAUCCGGCCGACUAGCGCGCACCGACAACGCACUGCACAUGAUCGAUGCCAACCAUCCGGAUAAGAAGAUCCUGGAAGCGAAACGGGAACGACUGCUGGAGCAGCUGGACGAGGCGAAGCAGCUGAAGGACGACAUCGAUCAGCGCGGCGCCACGAUCGCCCGCAUCCUCGAGCAGUCGCUCACGAUCGAGGAGUACGCCGACUACGACUAUUUCAUCAACAUGAAGGCGAAGCUGAUCGUGGACUCGCGCGAAAUUGCCGACAAGAUAAAGCUCGGCGAGGAGCAGCUGGCCGCGCUGAAGGAUACGCUCGUGCAGAGUGAAUGUUAGGAGGGCGUGUUCACGAUCACGUGCGUGCGUGUUAUGUUUUUGGCUGUUUUUUUUUCUAUCGUCCCGACGAGGUGUUGUGUGAGGUGGAGUAGUUUUAAGCGCGAACAGAGUUAGGACCGACCGGUAAGUCGGUGCAUUUUGUAAAUAAGGCGUAAGCGAGGAGUUACGGUAUCCUAUCCAGUUUUCUGUUUUUUUUUCCUUUCUUUGUUUUAUGUAAAUUAGUCAAAGUGUGUCCUGGGCCGGACACAAAGCCGUUUGCUGCGCAUAUUAGUAGCGAACAGUUAGCGCUCCACACAAGUAGCGCUCCAAUGUAGUAGAUAUUCUAAUUAUCCUUUUCCUUCGUUUUGCUCUUCUUUUACCCACUUUCCCCUUGGCCCCCUUUGUUUCUCUGCUGUCUCUUGAACGGAUCAAGUUCUUGCAUUUCAACGGUGUGAAGUUGAAAUUCAAAGAGUGUUGCACCACUUUCCCAUUACAGGGUUUUCCAGGAGUUCUCACAGCUGUGUGGACACUUUAUUGACCUUUUCUUACGUGAAAUGAAUUUAAUGUAAUGGGAAUUGGACUCUAUAGCACUCUUGUUGGACAAAUUCAACAGGAUUUUCCAAGGAGUCUGUCCAAUAAGGAUGCCAUAGAAUCCAAUUACCAUCAUAUGAGGGUUCACUUCCAAUAAGAAAGAGUCAAGGAAGUGUCCCACAACUAUGAGAACCACUGGAAAACCCUGUAAAUGUUCCAUAACAACAAUACUGCCCUUUUUCCCCCAAAUGCACCCUUCUAGUUUAUUUUUUCAUACCCUACUAUUUCCUUAUUAAGAAUAUUUAGUAUUUUAUGUUUAUUCCGCCCAGUUCCGUGUGAUUUAUUAGCAUUCUUGUGUGCGUGUGCGUGUGUGUGUGGGUUUUAUUUGCUUUUGUUCUUUUCUUUAAAAAAAACCCGCAUAUUUAAAGUCUCCAUUUGGCGUAAAAUGGUGCUGAAGAAGCGAAGAGUGCGGAGCAGCGCUUAAUCGAUAAGAAUGUAAAGAGAGCAAAGCAAAUUACAAAAUGUCGAACAUGAAAAAAGGAAAACAUAACAUAUUAAAAAUGGAAAAUAGGAUAUGAUAAAGGACAUGAUGAAGAGCGAUUUACGGUUCAUUGGACCGAAAGUCGUGCAAUGCAAUGCUUAGAAAAGCGCAAUAUGAAUAUGAGAAGCGAACGCAAAAAAUGGAACAAGAAAGAAGGUGGUAGAAAAUGUGAUUUUAUCGGAAAUAAUUAUUUGAUUUGUGCGCUAACUGUGUUGUGCAACAAACACAACAAACUGGAUUUUCCGAGUUUAACGAAAAAAAGGCGCGAAAGCAAGUGCGCUUUCUGUUUAGCGUUUAGCUAGUUUUUAUUAAAGUAUAAAAGUAAAGCAUUCGGAUUUUAGAGCAAGCAACAGAGUAAAGGGCGACAGAGUUGUUGUAGAACUAGAUCUUAUUAUAUUACUUUUAAUAGGUGUCUUCUUUCUCGGCCCCCUCUUCCCGUACCUUACGGGAAUGUGUAUUUAGUGCGUUUCUUAUUUUGUUUGUUUUUUUUUGUGCGCUCACAUUCAAUGUGUUUGUGUCAAUCUGUUUCAACACAGCCGCAUCGUUUUCUCUUAUAGACGUUAAUACAAAGCCUGCCUGCGCCCUUAACACAUGCCUAUACACAUAUAAUCCUUAGAUGUGUCCCGGGACGCAACCGCAAUAUCAGAAUUACCCAGACACAGAUACUCCUUUCCCCUCUAUUUCCUAAAUUCAAGUUCUUCUUAGGUGAGCUUUUGUCGUUCGCCGGACAGAAUUAUUGUUCCAAUUUGUGUUUACUUAUAAUUAAUGGGGCGCGCAACCGUAUAUAACGCAGCCCCCCACACCCCCUCUCUGCGCGCGCAGAAGUAAGAAGAAAUAGGAGGAAUGCGAAAUAUCAAUUAAAAAAAACGAGUUUAAAAACAAAAUUCUCCCUCCCCCG